AUGGCGGACUAUCUUUAUGAGCUUUUAACGCCGCAUUUGGCAUCCACAAAUGCAUCCCCAACCCCAUUGAGUCCUGAAAAUGACACAACCACUGCCCAGUACCUCAACAGGUUGCCCACCCUCUCACUCCAGGCAUUGCAAGAAACCGAACCACAGUCGCUCGCGCAGUCAUCUCAUUCAAAUAUCCUAUCGCUUCAAGCUUUAUCAAACCGCUCUCAUAAAACCUUCAUCUCUUCCGCCGACAGCCUCUCAGCUCUACGAAACUCUAUCCCCCAGUUGUCUCGAGAUGCACAGCAAUUACGGGAUGCGAUUCCAAAGCUUGACGAAGAGGCCGUCCUGUUCUCGUCGAGAUACAGUCGGGCCGCUGAGAAUGCAUCCCUGGAGAAGCGGAAGAAAGUAAUGCAACUGGCAAGGAAUGUUGACCGAUUGUCGGACAUUCUGGAAUUGCCAACGUUGCUCUCAACUGCCGUGUCUUCAGCGGCCGCGAGUUCUGGGGCUGCGGGUAGUUCGUCCUCCACGACAUAUUCAGCAGCACUAGAUGUGUAUGCGCAUAUCAAGAGACUACAAACCCUGUAUCCGGAUUCUCCUCUAGUUAGAGACGUCUCAGCUCAAGCCGAGGACGCCAUGAAGGACAUGACUACGCAUCUGAUAACCGGUCUGCGGGCUCAGAACCUCCGAUUAGCCGCUGCUAUGAGGACCGUUGGCUGGCUGCGGCGAGUUGCCCCCGAGUUGGAGAAUCUCCGUAGCGAUGGAGGAACUGGGACGGGAGAAGGCGCCCUUGGUGCUCUGUUCUUGAUUUGUAGAUUGGCGAAUCUGGUGGCGACGCUCGAAGCGCUAGAUCCCUUACGAGAGCUUGCAGACCAGGAAUCGCACCGCAGAACCCAGAGUACAGAAAAGAAGCCCGGAUCCUGGUCUGAUGGGCACCAGACAGAGAAGUUCUUAAAGCGUUAUAUUGAGAUCUUCCGCGAGCAGAGUUUUGCUAUUGUUUCUUUGUACAAGAACAUCUUUACCCCUAACCAGGCCGAGUCGGAACUAGCAGCGACAGGAUUGCGAGGGAUUGACGCGCGAAUUAAAUCUACAGCACCGCGACCCGCUCAGCAAGAAGAUCCACUACAGCACCUCCCACCAGCACUUGCAACGUUUCCCAUGCAUCUGGUUCAAUUACUGACAGACACCUUGCGGGCAUAUCUUCCGAAUGUUCGAGAUAAGAGCUCGCGUGAAAGUCUUCUCACCCAAGUUCUAUACUGCGCUGCCAGUCUAGGACGAUUGGGCGGAGAUUUUGGAAUGAUUCUUACAGAGAUGAACGAUAUGGGAGACGAAGACGGCGAAGAGAUGGCCUAUGAGUGGGAAGAGGUGACGAGAAAGCACCGAGCCCUGGCUGGGCGCCUGGAGCAACUUACCGGGGGGAAUACAGCAUCCGGAUCUUCCAAGGGGACCUUACGGGCGGCCUCACCCGUUCAAGGGCUUGGAGUUGCAUGA